GGUGGGAGCACGUCACCCAGACAGCCUGCAGGCACAUUGUCACGCUGUUGCAUCUUUGAAAACUUCCACAACAAAACAAACACUCGUUUUCCUCUGCGUGUCGCCACAUCUGGGUGCAGCUUCGGUGUGAUGGUUGGGCUGCGUGGUGUCAAACCCCCGCGCACUUCUGCUGCUUCUUCUUCUACUCCUCGUACCGACAGGUCCUCUCAGGAGGAGGGAGCAUCAUCAUCAUCAUCACCACCACCACAGCCACCAUGGGCUCGAAGUUAACAAGACAGAGAAGUCUGGAUCUUGAGAGCAAAUUGACAAAAAGAAGGCGCCAGAGGCAGGAGCUGAGCGCGGAGGGCGAGAAAAGUGGCGGCAGGAGCGGCGGAGACUUCUUGUUCACCUCCCUGAUGCUCCGAUCCGACAAGCUGCCCGGGAUGCUGCGCAAAACCAGCCCGAGCCCGUACGUCAGGAGGGUGGCGUGGGUCCGCGAGAUCCAGAGGCUGCUGCGGGAGCAGAGGAUGGAGCAGGCUGGAGAAGUGCUCAAACUGCUCAGGAAGGAUCUGGGACUCCAGGGGUCGUCGCUGAACGACAUUUUGUACAAGAACGCCUCUUUUCUCAACCUGGUGGACCCCAUCUCCCACGAGCUGCUGCUCAGCCUCGCCCGCGACCUGCAGUGUCCGAAAAGGGAGGCCAACUCGCUCAAGUCCACCAACAAGAUAUGCCGCCAGCUCAUUUACCACUUGACCCCUCACUCCAAGUGGAUGAGACAGAGCGUGCCAAGGAGGAAGUCUCAGGCCUGUCUGAAGACCACCCUGAAGAAGCAGCUUUCAGGUGACGUGGUGAACCUGUCUGGUAUCCCGCUGUCUGGACGCGACGUCCACCGUGUGGCCUUCUACCUCCAGAACAGCAUGGACGCGGUCUCGGCGGUGGACCUGAGCUUCACCGAGCUGCAGGACGAGAGUCUGCGCCUGCUGCUGCCCUGCCUCAGCUGCCUGCCCAAACUCACCACGCUGGCCGUCAACGGCAACCGCCUGACGACUGCCAUCUUGAAGGACCUGACGGAGACGGUGAAGGACCCCAAAAGGUUCCCCAGCCUGGCCUGGAUCGAUAUGGGCAACAACGUGGACAUCUUCACCGUCCCGCAGCCGCUGCUCGUGGCCCUGCGGCGCCGCUUCGGCUUGCGCAGCAGCCUCCCCACCAUUUACGAGUACAGCGAGGCGUUCAGGGGCUACAACCUGGAGACUUCUGUCGAGGAGCCCAGUCUGUACGAGGAGGGGGAGGCGGAGGAAGACCUCAGGGGGGAGGAGGAGGAGGAGGACAGACUGGAGCUUCAAGCCUGGGGCUUCCAAGAUGAAAACAUGUCGAAAAAUGUACCUCUCCACUUCUGUGGGAGGUGAUCGCCCAGGGCUGCUUCCUUUCAGACUGGCAGCUUCUCGUAUCCCCGAGUCUGGCCUGUUCUGUCAGCAGCAGAAGAUGCUGACGUUGACCCACACGUUUCUGAAAAUAACCUUCAAACGAGGAACUCCUGUGUGUCCCGACGGAUGCUCAGACUGCAGCAGACAGCUCUGUGCUUGUACCGUCAGUAAGAAUAAAUGUGUCGGACUGAUUUGACCUUCAUUUAUUCAUGGAAGUUCGGCUGAACAGGUUCAGGGUUUUCUGGUGAUUUGUGGUCUGAAAACUGGGGGAUUUCUGUUUCUGACACUGAAUCUUCCCAUUAUCUGUAACUGUCCUGUGGAGCAGCCAGAGAGAAAGUGCCUUUUAUAACGGCACGUCGGUUUAUAUAGUCCAUUUUGAUUCACACAAUAAAUACAUUUUUUGCUUGUUUUACGUCAAAAAACUCUCCACAAUCACAAAGCUCGUUCGGCUCAUUUCUUCUCUCAGUAUCAGAUGAUUGUUUACAGCUCACGAAAUUUCCGGUUAGCAUCUUAGCUUAGCUUCCUUCACGGUCGAGCUGGCUCACUAUACGUCACGGACAAACAUUAGCAAUUAGGUAAAUCAGAUCCAACCAUUUUAAGCUUCAACAGGCCACACCUCCAGCAAGAAAUCGCUUCUUAAUAGCCGAAAGUCCAGACCCUCUGUAUGAAGCAAAGCGUACAAGGCUUCUACUUUAAAAUUGAAUGGUAACAGUCCAAUUUUUUCUUAAUAAACACAUUUAUGUUUUCAAGUUAUUUUUUUUCAUUCAGUUUGCCUUCGUCAACUUCAGUCCUGCCAACAAAUUUCUCUGAUUUAAUAUCCAUCAGCUGUUUUUGCUUCGACAAGUGUUUUUAACCUAUAGGCGGCAGUGAGAUUUGUUUAAAAAAUGCUUCAAAUACAUGAUUUUUUUCAGGGUUUUUUAAAUAAUACGUCUGAACACAAACCAGUAAAAUCACACUGGAGCCUCAGAUAUUUGAAGAAAAUCUGUUUUGUGUUGUAUCGAUGCAGACCGAGAGGGAAGCCUUGUUGUGCUGCUCAGAAGCAGACGAACACGAUGUUGAAGCUGCUGAUGAACUGAUUACUGCCUCUGUCAGGCCUCGUUGUGCUCCUUCACUCACAGACGGUGACCAGAGAAUCUAUUUUUGUUGCUUAAAAAGUAGUUUAUCUCAAAGAAAAAAAAAGGUGUUUUAUAAUGAUUUAAUUUGUAAAUGUUGCUUAAAUGUCGCUCUUUUAUUUAUUUAUAAAUUCUCCUCAACACGACCACAGACAAACAGCUCCGUGUCCAUCACUUCUGCUGCCAUAUUGUGAGUAGUUUUAUGGAAAUUAAAAGCAAACACUGAGAGCCAACUCUGCAGCAGCUCACACUGUGUCCUGCCUACAAACAAUGCUUUGCUCUGUUCUAUUUCCAGGUUUUUAUUUGUUAAAAAGAAACAACCUGUUUUCUUGUUGUUGGUGUUUUUUUGGGGGGUUUUUUUGAGAACAAGAACACUUGAUUUGUGCGUUUGUGUACGUUUUUAUGAGAGGACAAUUAGAGUGUGUGUCUGUGUGUGUGUGUUGUGGACACGCAGAGUAAAUUACUACCUUUGAUCGCAGUAAUGAAAUGUUUGCUCAUUUGCACUUUAAGGACGACUCUGUCUCCGAAUACACAAGCUUUGGUUUUAUUGUGAGAUGUUGGCAUAAAAACAAGCUGCUCCGUCACACACAAACACACACACAUUCAAAACAAAUUGUCCCUCUGAACUUUUGUCAUUUGCAAGUAAAAUUAUUAAACUUUCUACAUUUUAUGUUGAUAAAUUUUGUUGUAAAUUUGCAAAGUUUUGAUUUUUUUGCUCAUGGGAUUCUGGUUCAUGUUUAAGGUGGAAUGGUGUUUGCUUAAAAAUAAACCUAAUUUGUAUAA